CGAUUUGGCAAGUUCUUCUUAGCAGUCGAAGUGAAGACUUUCUUGAAGAUCCCGUUGGAUUUAUGCGCGGAUAUAACCAACACUGGAUCAAAGAAUCCAACAGUCUUUCAGUGCUAUGGAUUCUAGCUAAAACCGAUACUAAAUGUCCUAGUCCGGGAGCAACGCCACCACAAUCACCAUCAUCAAGUAUUGAUGAUAAUGAAAGUUCGGAUAACAUUACAGCGGGUUCGGAUUAUGAGGAAACCCUAAAGUCAUCUGAACAAAUACGAAGACGUAAUUCUAAGGGAAAGCAAAAACAAUUCGACUAA